AUUCCGCUGACAAAAUCCAAGUUGAUUCUUUGCCUCCAUCUAUAUCUGAUUCUAAAUUUCUAAUAGAAUGUAACACACUCUUCACCAUUCUAAAGCCUCUAUCAUUUUCCCACUUCCUCAGAGUUAGGAUUUCUGUUAGAUUUCCUCCUUGAUUAGUUCAACUUCUGAGAGCAUAUUAAGUGUUGAGUUGAAAAUGUAUUUGGUGGAGAGCAAAGGAGGUGCCAUAGGGUGCAUGCUGUUGGCUCUUUUCUUUUUGGGGACAUGGCCUGCUGUUUUGACUCUGUUAGAGCGACGAGGCCGUCUUCCUCAGCAUACAUACCUUGAUUACUCAAUCACCAAUUUCUUGGCUGCUGUUAUCAUUGCUUUUACUUUUGGUGAGAUAGGAAAGGGAACACAUGAUCAACCAAAUUUCUUAACUCAACUUGCUCAGGAUAAUUGGCAGUCAGUAAUGUUUGCAAUGGCAGGUGGUGUUGUCCUUAGCAUAGGGAAUCUCUCCACGCAAUAUGCAUUUGCUCUAGUUGGUCUUUCGGUUACUGAAGUGAUUACAUCAAGCAUAACUGUUGUUAUAGGAACAACAUUAAAUUACUUUUUGGAUGACAAAAUCAAUAAAGCCGAGAUUCUUUUCCCAGGAGUUGGUUGCUUUCUGGUUGCAGUUUGUCUAGGCUCUGCUGUUCAUUCAUCAAAUGCUGCUGAUAAUUCAGCUAAGCUUAAGGAUUUUUCGGAUGGUCAUAAAGAUGCACCCUUGGAUUCCUUGAAAGAAGGAAACAUAGUUAAAUCAAAGGAUAUUGAAAGUGGAAGCAAUUCUGCAGAAAAGUUGAAAGCAGGAAGUGCGGGUUUUCUUAUAGAGCUUGAGAAAACAAGAGCUAUUAAGGUUUUUGGUAAAAACACAUUGAUUGGACUGAGUAUAACAUUCUUUGCUGGAAUUUGCUUUUCAUUGUUCUCACCAGCAUUCAACUUAGCAACAAAUGACCAAUGGCACACUUUAAAAAAAGGGGUUCCCCAUUUGAAUGUUUACACCGCCUUUUUCUAUUUUUCAGUAUCUUGUUUUGUUAUCGGCGUAAUUCUAAACAUCAUAUUUCUCUACCACCCUGUGUUAAACUUACCCAAGUCAUCGUUAAAAGCCUAUUUACGAGACUGGAAUGGUAGAGGAUGGGCCUUGUUGGCUGGUUUCCUUUGCGGAUUUGGGAAUGGACUUCAGUUUAUGGGAGGUCAAGCCGCAGGAUAUGCAGCAGCAGAUGCUGUCCAAGCACUUCCACUAGUGAGUACAUUUUGGGGGAUCGUUUUGUUUGGAGAGUAUAGAAGAUCAUCGCGAAGAACAUAUACACUGCUUGGGAGUAUGUUGUUUAUGUUUAUUGUGGCGGUUGGUGUGCUCAUGGCAUCAUCAGGACAUAGGAAACAUUGAUUAAACUCUUAUAGUUAUAGAACAAUAUACCAAUUGUUAGUUUGAGUUCACAUAUAUUACUAUGUAGGAGUAAGAAAAAGUUCAUAGAUUUUUGAGUCAGUGUUUUGAAUAAAAUUGUGUUUAAUAGUUUUUCUGGUACAUUAAAUUGUGUAUAAAUAAACUUCCAAAAUUAACAUUUGUGUGAUGAAAUAUUUAUCCAAUGUUUAUAUCUUUUGAUUAAAAGUAUCCGGUGUUUAUUAUAGGUUUAUUUUUAUGAUUAUUUAUUGAAUUCUUUUAUGCAUUUAAAAUUCUAGCCAUAACAACAUUCUUGUGAUGGAAAUUCCAAAUGUAUCCAAAAGUCUUGGAAAAGCUCCCCUUUAGUUGAGUGAAACACAAUUUCCCAUUGUGUCAAAAGGAUGUAGAAGUGGUGUUUUCAAUUCUUUUCUUCACUCACAUCAUGGCCAACAUUGCUU